AUGGCUGCUCUCGUCAACGUCCGUCGCGAUGUCAGCGACCCUUUCUAUCGCUACAAGAUGGAGCGUCUGCAGACCAAGAUUGAGGGCAAGGGCAACGGCAUCAAGACCGUUGUUGUCAACCUAAGCGGUGUCGCCCAAUCCUUGGCUCGUCCUGGUGCCUACCUCAUCAAGUACUUUGGCUUUGAGCUUGGCGCCCAGACCAACAUUGACCCCCCGGAUGAUCGCUGGAUUAUCAACGGCGCCCAUGAGGCUAGCAAGCUUCAAGAACUGUUGGACGGCUUCAUUGGCAAGUUUGUUCUCUGCAAGAAGUGCAAGAACCCAGAGACCGCCGUUGAGAUCAAGGAUGGUCGCAUCCUGCUCGACUGCAAGGCGUGUGGUCAGCGUACCGAAGUUGACCUGCGCCUGAAGCUCAGCGGCUUCAUCCUCAAGAACGUCCCCAAGAAGACCAAAAAGGACAAGGCCGAACGCAAGGCUGCCCGCAGGGCCAAGCAGAACGGCAAGGGCGACAAGGAAAAUGGCUCUGGAGGCGACGACGCUUCUGACCAGGCCUCCCCCAUUGGCGACAAGGGCAUCGAGAGUGAUGACGAUGCCCUGACCCGCAAGAUCAAGACUGAGGCUCAGGUUCUUGAGACCAAGGCGGUUGAGGUCAAGGACGACGAAUGGGCUGUGGACAUGAGUGCCGAAGCUGUCAAGGCUCGUCAGCAGCAGCUUCCUGGCGAGUUUAAGCAGAAGCUCGUUCUGAACGGAGACGAUGAGGAUGAGGAGGGCGAGGGCGGUGGAAACACCGUCUACGAUCAGUUGGGCACCUGGAUCCAGGAGCAGGCUGAGACCAAGGAUGGCAUCGACAACGUUGACGACGUUGAUAUCUACAUCAAGGCAAAGGAGCUGGGCAUUGAGUCCAAGCAUCGCACUGUUCUGGUUCUUGUGCAGACCAUUUUCGACGAGAACAUUUGCGCCCAGAUCAGCAAGCGUGCCCCCAUGCUCAAGAGGAUUGUCUCGUCCGAGCGCCACGAGAAGGCCCUCCUCGGUGGCACCGAGCGUCUGAUCGGCCAGCUCGGCAAGGACCACCCGGAAAUGUACGACAAGAUUGUCAAGAUCCUGCAGCUGUACUACCACCAUGACCUCAUCUCCGAGGAGGUUGUGACCAAGUGGGGUUCUAAGGCUUCCAAGAAGUAUGUCGACCUGUCCACUUCUAAGAAGGUCCGCAAGGCUGCCGAGCCCUUCCUCAAGUGGCUUGCUGAGGCCGAAGAGGAGUCGGAGGAGGAGUCUGAGUAA